AUGUCUUCUACACCUCAUAUUGGCCCAUGGAGGACACCAGCUCAGGGCCAUCUUACUCCGGACUCCAAUGGAGAUCUUAAGACCGAUUACGCGCGCUGGCGAUUGGUCGACGAUGAAGGCCGCCAGACCUGGCGGUAUCUCGAAUCCGAUGAGGAACUUCAAAAAUGGCCGCAAGCAACAGCAGACAAGUAUCACCUAGGGUUGCCAACGGAUCUUCCUCAUUUCUCAAAGCCCCAGACGCCCUUGGAAGCUGCCGAGAAUGGUCUGUCAUUCUUUUCACAUCUCCAACUCGAACCUGGUAAUUGGGCCUGUGAAUAUGGUGGCCCGAUGUUCUUGCUACCGGGUAUUCUGAUCACUUACUAUGUGACCAAGACACCUAUCCCCCCUGAGUAUGCAGUAGAGAUCAGACGUUAUCUAUUUGCCCGGCAGCACCCAGAAGAUGGUGGCUGGGGCCUACACAUUGAAGGUCACAGCUCUGUUCUUGGUACUUCUUUGAACUAUGUUGCUUUGCGUUUGGUCGGUGUCAGCGAGGAUGAUCCACGCAUGAUCAAAGCCAGGGGUCUUCUGCAUAAGUUUGGAGGUGCCACCUAUGGGCCUCACUGGGCCAAGUUCUGGCUGAGUAUUCUUGGGGUCAUGAAAUGGGAGGGCGUCAACCCAGUUCCCCCUGAGCUCUGGCUUCUUCCCGACUGGGUACCUUUCGCCCCUUGGCGGUGGUGGUGUCACAUGCGCCAGGUCUUCCUCCCAAUGUCCUAUCUGUGGUCCAAGAAGUGGUCUCAUCCACUGGAUGACUUGACAAAAUCGCUCCGAGAAGAGCUAUAUACUCAGCCCUAUGACAGUAUUGAUUUCGCUGCACACCGCAAUUCCAUCCACGAGGCAGACAACUACUACCCCAAGACUUGGUUGCUUAAUUUCGCUAAUGACUUGCUGGUUCGAUUCUGGAACCCCUACCUUCGACACCCUAGCAUUGUUAAGCGCGCCGAGGACUGGACCUGGGAAUUGAUUCGUAUGGAAGAUGAAAACACCAAGUAUGCGGGGCUGGGACCCGUUAACAAUCCAAUGAACAUGGUGGCAUGCUUUGUUCAUGACGGCCCUGACAGCUACUCUGUGCGCCAACAUCGGGAGCGAUUGAAUGAUUACAUGUGGAUCAAGGACGAAGGAAUGCUAGCCAACGGAACCAACGGUGUUCAGGUUUGGGACACUGCUUUCAUUACUCAGGCCAUUGUGGUUGCUGGCUUCGCCGAUGACCCGAAGUGGCGGCCUAUGUUGACAAAGGCCCUGGAGUUCCUCGAUGAUCAUCAACUACGAGAGAACGUCCCAGACCAAGAAAAGUGCUAUCGUCAGCAUCGUAAGGGUGCAUGGCCCUUCAGCACCAAGGAUCAAGGUUAUACCGUCAGCGACUGCACAGCCGAAGGUCUUCGCUCAACACUGCAGCUGCAGGAGAUGUACAACUUCCCGAAGCUUGUCCCUGUGGAGCGAUUGAAAGAUGCCGUGGACUGUCUUCUUCUCCUGCAAAAUCCAAGCGGUGGCUUUUCCGAGUAUGAAGUUACUCGUGCGUCGCCCAAGGUAGAAUGUCUCAACGCCGCAGAAGUCUUUGGUGGAAUCAUGAUCAGCUACGACCACCCAGAAUGCACGACCGCGUCCGUGACAGCGCUUUCACUGUUCAGCAAGUUCUACCCAGAUUAUCGUGCCGAUGAAAUUAGGGAUGCAAAGAAGAAGGCUGUCGCUCACAUCAAGCACGUCCAGCGCGCCGAUGGCAGUUGGUAUGGCUCUUGGGGAAUAUGUUUCACCUACGCUGCCUUAUUUGCGCUCGAAAGCUUGGCCAGUAUUGGCGAGACUUACGAAACAAGCGCGGACUCUCGUCGGGGCUGCGAUUUCUUGAUCGAAAAGCAGCAGGCGGAUGGUGGCUGGGGUGAGUCUUACCUCAGCAGCUCAACACAUCAAUAUGUGCAGCAUGAGAAGUCUCAGGUAUGUCAGACUGCCUGGGCUCUUCUUGGGCUCAUGGAGGCCGACUACCCACACAAGGAGCCGUUGGAGAAGGGCAUCAAGCUGUUGAUGUCUCGCCAACAACCAAAUGGAGAGUGGCUGCAAGAAGCGAUUGAAGGUGUCUUCAACCAGUCCUGUAUGAUAUCCUAUCCUAACUACAAAUUCUACUGGCCUAUCCGCGCGCUUGGUUUGUACAGCAGGAAGUAUGGAAAUGAGAAGCUCUAG